AUGUCUUAUAAUAUCAAUGAAAAUAAAUAAGGAAAUUCAACAAAUAUGCUCAUUUCAAAUUAACCAAUAAAUAUUCAAGCACACAAUCUAUUGAGCAAUACUAAUAUGACUAAUUUAUUAGAAUCUAAUAAUCAAUUUUCAUAAAUAGUUAAACCAAAUGGUUCAUAAAUCUUAAAGUAUUAGGAAUUAUGUAUUAAUAUAUUUAUUAAUAUAUUAUAGUGGAGUCUAAGAUUUCUUUAUAGAAAAAUUAAUCACAACAAUAAUCUAAGAUAUAAAUUUAAUCAUUAGAUAUUAGAGGUGGUAACUAAUUAUAGAGCAAAUUUAUUGAUACUGGAGUUAACUUACUCUAAUCAAGAACAUUUUAAGGAUCUUUCGUCGAAUAAAUAUAAGACAGAUCAAAUAUACAAAAUUCUAAUUCUCAUAUAAUAACUACUGAAAAUUGGACAGAGAGUGAUUAUGCUAAGCAAUUUGAAGAGUGGAGAGAUUUAAUCUAAUAAAAUAUAGACUUUAUAAAUUAAGUAGAGAAUGAUAGAUCAUAAAUUCAAGUGUCGAAUAUUCUCUUCUAAGAAAUAUUAACUAUUAAAAUGAAUAUCAUAAAUAACUCAUUUUUAACUAAAUUAUCUGAAUAUGAAAAUAUAAUUAAACCAUAUAAAUAUUAAAUGGCAAUUAAGAGUGAAGAAUUAUAUAAAUCUUUAGAAAUACUUAAAUAAACUAAUUAAAUACCUUUUAAUAAAUAUGCUAAUUUCUAAUUUGAAUAAUCUUAGCCAUUAUUGAAAUCACAAUAAUUCAAUCAAUAAUUUACUAAUAUUAGUUUAGAGAUAUAAAAUUAAGCCAAUUUAAUUAAUUCUAUUCUUUAAUAAUUAGGAAAUUAAAAAAAAUAUAUAGAACCUUAAUAAAAUUACCAAUAAAUAUUAGAAAAUGCAUUCAACUCAUUGAUUUAAUAUGUUAGAGAAAGAAUGUCCUAAUAAAUUAAUUCAUUAAUGUUUAUUCAUGAAAGAGAAGUAUUUAAUUUAGAAAGAUAAAUUUAUUCCUAAAUCCAAGAAGCCGAUAAUCUAAGCAUUACAGUUCUAUCAGAUAAACUAAUGAUAAUUGAAGCAUAAUUAGAAAAGAUAUAAGAAAAGAAAUAAGAAUUAAAUAAUUUUAAAGAAAGAUUAAAUUAAUUAAUGAACAGAAAUGUUGAUAUAUUCUCUGAGUAUUUUGAUGAUGUGAUUAUUUUGUACAAAUAAUUUAAGAUCUAUCAUGAAGAAAUAAAGUAAAUCUAAUAGAUUCCUAAUUAACCAAUUUUAUAAAAUCUUUAAAUUAAAAUCAAAUAAUAAUUAUAUAUUGCAUCAAAGAAGAUUUGGUUAAAGAUUAAACAAUUCUAUUUCAAUGGAAAUAAAAUUAAAGAAUUCAAUGAACAAGAGAAAUUUCAAUAAUUUAACAAAUAUAAUAUUGAAGUAUAAGUUUAAGAUAUCAAAACAUUUUUGAAACAAUUAUAAUCAGAUUAUAUAAAAAAAGGUAAUUAAGUUCCUUUAGAAGAAUCUAAAAAACUAAAAUAAUUAAUUUAUAAAGCAGAAUGUGAAUAUAGAAAUACAGAUUCAUUGAGAUUGUAAAUAUCUUAAUUAGAACAAUAAGAUAUUAUUGGAUAUAAAAAUUACAUUAUUUAAUAAAUAAAACCUAAAUUUUUUAUUGAUUUUAGUCAAUUGUAUGCUAAAGACUUUUAUGAUAUCAUUUAUUUUUAAUAUGCCGAUUCCAAUAUUUUAGGAUGCAUAAAAAAAUUGUUAUAAUUCAAAUUCCCAACUUUUGAUUGGAAUGAGAAUAUUGAAGAUGAAAAAUAGAGAAUUUAAAUAGUAGUACAAAGAUAUUAGGAAGUAUCUAAUAAACUAUAAGAAUUAGAGAAAUUAUAUUCAAAAGAGACAAAAUUUAUUAAACAAUUAAUUAAUUGGAAGGCAGAAUUAUUUAAAUGUAUUAACAUUUUAAAGUAGUAUCUUGUUAUUAAGGAAGAAUUAAAAGGUUAAUUAAUUACACUAUUGAAAUGGCCUCAAAUAACAUCUAAUAUCUAAAUAAUUAAUGAAUUUAGUGUACAUUGUGAAUAAAUCAGUAGACAAGCAAAUUAAUAUGUCUAAGCAAUUGAAUAAUUACAAUAAAUGUAAUUAAUAUAAAGUUUAGAAUCUUUAUUUAAAUAAUGGAAUCCAAAAGUAAAAGACUAUUUAAUAUAAUAAUGUAAUUUCAUAAAUUAAAGUGUAUUCUCUCCAAUAAUUAAUGAAUAUAUGUAAAUCGUCUAUUAAUUCUUAUAUGUAUGUAUGGAAUGUUUAAAUUAUGAUAUUGAUGAAAUAUUUUGUAGAACUACUACAUAUUAAGAAUUUGAAAAUAUUUUGGAUGGUUCAAUAAAAUUAUAAGAAUUAAAGAAUAUUAUUGAUACUAAUAUUCAUAAUUCUGCUUUGAGAUACAAAUUAUUUGAAAUUAUUGAUAAAUUUAUGAAAAAUAAAAUCAUUCUUGAUUUUUAGAAUUUAUUCGAAUUAAAAUUAUAACAAAGCAAACAGUAAACAAAUAAUUUUAAUCCAAGAGAAUUAGUAAAAAGAACAGACUUAAAAUUUCCAAUAAUAAGAUCUGAUAUUUAAGAUAACUUCUAUUGUAAAUAAAAUAUGGAUAAGAUUAAUUAAAUAAUAGACUAAAAAGAGUUAAGAUUAAUAUUCUAAUAAUUUAGAGAAUUAUUAAAUAAUAUUACUGUUAUUAUUGAUUAAGAUAAUUUAGUGGCAGAUAUUAAAGUUAAUUAAAUAACUAUUAUUGAAUUAGCUUGUAUAUUUGCAUAACAAUUACUUAUUCAAAAUGAAUUAACUAAUAUUUAACCUCUAAUAAGAUUUCAUUAACAAUUAUGUAAGUUUCCAAAUACUAAACAAUUUCAGAAUCAACUUAUUAAUUUAGGAAUUGUAUUUCCUAUUGAAUAUAAUAAAUAUUUAGAAGCUUGUAGAAGAAGAGUUUAAAAAUUGACUCAAAAUAUUUGUAUAGAAUUUGAAUCUUAUGAUUUUGAUGAGAUUUCCUAGGCAAAAUUAUUGAUUAAUAACAAUGAAUACAUAUUGAAAUAAAUUGAUUUUCCAGUUCUUUAUACAGAUGCAAAGUCAUUGAUUUUUGAAUAUCAGCCAUUAAAAUUUAAUUGUAGCUUAAAUGUUAAAAUAAAUGGGAAAUUGUUAAAAUAAGGUUAGACUAUUCAAAUAUGA